CCUCACACUGAAACUCACUGGUGAACCCACUCUGCUCAACACAUGGAAACCAGGGGGGAAGUCAAAGUUGUGUUUCUUGUCUCCUCCUCCUUGUGUCCAGGAUCAGUCUCAUUCUGCAGCAGCUCAGUGAAGCUGCGGGACGAGAGGAGACGAGGCGGUGCUUCCCUUCAGCUCUGAUCCACUCACACUGCACACACACGCACACAUACACACACAGACACACGCGCACACAAAUCCUUCAUUUCCUCAAACUGUGGCUGGACUCAUUCCUCACUUCAUCCUGUCCAGCAGCAUGGAAGUAUCCAAAGGAGAAGAGAGUGGGAAUGAACACCGAUCCUCUUUAUUCGGGCCGGCAGAGGUGGAGAGUCAGAGCAGGAGCACUGGACGAUGCAGGGACUUGAGCAAGCGGAGUAAAAUCCUCAUCGGGGUUCUGCUGCUCGCCCUCCUGGUGCUCAUCCUGGCUUUGGCCCUUUCUCGGAGAGGCUCCAAUAAUGAGACAGAGAUGUUGACGGAAAAUGAAGGGACACUGCAGCCAACCAACAAAUACCCCAUAAACGGGACCCUGUGGCUGCAGGCGUUCGCCGACGAAGCUACGCAGCAACAGUGUCCACCUGGCUUCUCCAAGCCCCCCCUCAUCCUCGUGUCCUUGGACGGUUUCCGAGCCGAGUAUCUGACAAGUCGGAGCAGCCACCUCCCCGUUAUCAACAAGUUACGAGAGCUUGGAGCCACAACACCGUACAUGAGGCCCGUUUAUCCCACUAAGACUUUUCCAAACCACUACAGCAUUGUGACUGGUCUUUUUCCCGAGUCUCACGGGAUCGUGGACAACAAGAUGUACGACGUGACCCACAACGCUUUCUUCAGCUUGAAAAGUGAGGAGAAAUCCGACCCUAAGUGGUACCAAGGGGAGCCGCUCUGGAUCACUGCCAUGCAUCAGAAACUGAAAACAGGAACUUUUUUCUGGCCGGGCUCAGACGUUAAAAUCAACGGCAGCUAUCCAAAUUUCUACAAGCUGUAUGAUAGGACCAUUUCUUUUGAGGACAGAGUGGGGACGCUGCUUGAAUGGCUCAGUUUACCUGAAGGAAAAAGACCCGACUUCUACACUUUGUACCUGGAAGAACCUGACGCGUCAGGACAUAGGUAUGGGCCAGGAAGCAAAGAGGUCACUUUGGCCUUGGAGCAUGUGGACAGGAUAUUGGGAAUAAUGAUGGACAGCCUGACGGAGAAGAACCUUCACCACUGUGUCAACCUGAUGAUCGUGUCUGACCACGGCAUGGAGGAGGCUUCCUGUGACAAGGCAGAGUAUGUAUCAACCUACCAGGAAAACACCAACGACUUCAAUGUCAUCCAAGGCCCGGCUGCUCGCAUCAGACCCGCUCGCCUCCCAGACGAUUACUUCUCCUUCGACUACACCGGCCUGGUGAAGAACCUGUCGUGCAGGGUCACUAACCAGUCCAUGAGGCCGUACCUCAAAGAGAACCUCCCGAAGAGGAUGCACUUCGCCAACAACAAGCGUAUAGAGAGAGGACAUCUGUACAUGAAGGAGGGCUGGCAGGCAGCUCGUUACAGGGAGGAACUCAAGUACUGCACCGGAGGAUUCCACGGCUCAGAUAAUCUCUUCACCAACAUGCAGGCGAUCUUCAUCGGCUAUGGUCCGGGAUUCAAAAGCAAAACUGUCGUGCCACCUUUUGACAACAUCGAAUUAUACAACGUCAUGUGUGAUCUCCUCGGCAUUCGUCCCUCUCCAAACAACGGGACUCACGGCAGUCUAAACCACCUCCUGUCACGUCCAUCGCACCUUCCAGUUCACCCAGCGCAGCUCUCCCAUGAAACCCCCUGCGAGGCCAGUGACCCCGUCCCCACUGACGACCUGCGGUGCACAUGCACAUCUCAAACCAAGACACAGGAGACUGAUAUGAACAGGCUCCUCAUGACAACUAAUUCCAGCACUAAAGUCCUGCUGCGUCGCCUCCACCAUCCCUUCGGGACGCCCCGGGUCGUCCAGCCAGACGCCGCCUUCUGCCUCCUGCACCAAUCGGACUACCUCAGCGGCUACAGCAGGGACCGCCUCAUGCCCCUCUGGGUGUCCUACACCCUCCAGCCUCUGACCACAGUGCGACCGCUGAGCCCGGAGCUGGAGGCUUGUGUCCGUGCUGACGUGCGAGUCCCAGCGGCCGACAGCCAGCUGUGUUUCCCCGACAGAGAAGACCCGAGUCUGUCCUACGGCCUGCUGCAUCCCCCCAAUCUGAGCUCCGGUGGACCUGACUCAGACUCUCUCCUCACGUCCAACAUGGCUCCGAUGUUCCCCGCGUUUAAAGAUGUUUGGAGACAUUUCCACGACGUCCUGCUUCCAAAGUUUUCACAGCAGCUGAACGGAGUGAACGUCGUGAGCGGGCCCAUAUUUGAUGAUGACUUUGACGGAAACGUUGACGCGUUCAUAAGAGUCUCGAGGAAUGAGACCCUCACCCCGACUCAUUUCUUCGUGAUCCUGACGAGCUGCGUGAACUCGGCCCUCAGCCCUUCUCAGUGCGAGGGCCCUCUGCAGACCCAGUCCUUCAUCCUGCCCCACCGACCCGACCACACCGAGAGCUGCGCUAACGGGUCGGACAUGUCGUGGGUGGAGGAGUGGCUACGCUUCCACAUCGCCCGGGUCCGAGACAUCGAGCUCCUGACGGGGCUGAGCUUCUACCACGACAGGCUUUCCGUGGAGGAGACGCUACAGCUCAAGACGUUUCUACGUAGCGCUUAAAACCAGAGACGUUUUUGUUUAUUGAAAUAAAGUUUUAAUCUCAGAGGGAAGCACAACAGGCCUCUGUCCACGGGGUCUCGCAGUAAACCUGCUCUCAGGGGCCAACGAUUCCUGUUUCCAGACCAUAUGAAUCCCAACGAUGAGUUCCAUCCGUCUAUUUUUUAUUGUAAUGUCUGAUUCCAAAACCAAUUUUUACAGUUAUUCAAUGUGUGAGAGUCACGUGUUUCAUUUUAGAGAUGAUUGUACAGAGAGUUUAAAUGAGCUUUGAACCAAAGAUGCCAUCCCAGCUGCCGCACUUCUUCAGAUGGGACUGAAACAAAAAGGGAAACGUUUAUCCACGGAAGACGUUUUUAUACCACAGAUGAUUUCAGAGUCAGGUCUUUUUCUUUUUUUUAGAAACACUGUGACGAUCUGGAGACUUUCAGGAAUCCUGCCACACAUCUGGAGAAGUGGAAAAACACCCAAAUCCUCUCAUGAUUGUUUUUGUAUUUUCUUUAUACUGCGCCAGUGUUGUAUUGUGGUUUUGUACAUUUUUGGCUUGGUCGGUGACAUCCAUGAAGAGAGAAUUGUUCAGUCGAGUGUGUGCGUGUGUGCGUGCACAUGUGCAGUUUGUGUAUUUAUGGACGGAUUACGAGGCACAGACGUGUGAAAGGCUUCUGACGUCAGGACACCCAGACUGAAACAGACACCAAACAUUUUUUUAUUGAUGUCAAACUUCGCCAAGGAUGAUGUGUUUUCACCCCUUUGCUUUUGUGUGUUUGUUUCUCAGCUGAUUUCCUUGAAAUUUGUGGAAUUUCCUUUUUCUUUCUCUUAUUUCUUUCUUACUUUUCCUUUAUUCCUCUUUUUUAUCAUUUCAUCUUUUUCACAAAUCUCCCAGGGAAUGAUUUAUUAACUGAUAUGAACUAUUUUGAUGUUUGCAUCUCUUUCUCGAGCUUUUGUGUCUCUUUGUCGUUUUUUGUCUCUGUGGCUGUUUGCAUCUCUUUGUGGUCCUUCGUUCAUUCAGCAUCUCUUCUUUGGUCGUUAUACAUCUGUCAGUGGUCCCUUUGCAUGUCUGUGGUUGUGUCUUUAUACACCAACCUUAAUGUGUUCUGUGCCUCUGUGCAGUUUCUCUUGUGAGCACUGUGCAGGAGAAGCAGAGCUCUCAGGUGCUGCAGCUGAACUUCAGCAUCUGUCCAUGACUCUGUGUUGUGUGCAAACGUGUAUUUUUUUAUUAUUAUUUGGAGUCGGUACAUAAUAAAGUUCAUAUGAUUUA